UGUUAUUUCCACUGAAAAGACCAUGUGUUCAGAAGGGGAGGAAGUUGUCUUUGAGGAAUGCAUGGUGAAUGAGGACUGUGGUGACCUGAAAUACUGCCUGUAUGAGAUAGAAAACUCCAGAUGCCUCCCCUGCAUAGUAACAGAUAUGCCCUGCACUAAGGAUGAGGAGUGUUGCUCAGAUCAGAUGUGUGUUUGGGGCCAGUGUACGGUCAACGCUACCAAAGGAACAGAGGGAACCAUCUGUCAGGGUCAGAGUGACUGCAGGUCGGACCUCUGCUGUGCCUUUCAAAGAGAGCUGUUGUUUCCAGUCUGUAACCCCAAACCGGAGAAAGGGGAGUCCUGUCUGAGCCACCCCAACCUGCUGAUGGACAUGCUGGCCUGGGACCAGGAGGGUCCCCGUGACCACUGCCCCUGUGCUGACGACCUCCAUUGCCAACCUCACGGACGUGGAUCUGUCUGUGGAGAGUAGCACUGGAGAUGGAGAGAGCACGAGAAAGUUAUACAAAACUCUGUCCAGGAGCUAUACUUAACAUAACCUUCACCAAAGAAUGGCCCUGCUGAUCAACUGUUUAUAUAAAAGAAAAGGAUGUUGCUUCAGGACAGGACUUGCACUGUAUUAUUUAUGCCUUACAACCAAUGUGUAUUGCAUAUCAUGACGGAAAUAAAAGACUUGCAUUGA